AUGGAAGUGGAGAUUGAUGAAGUCGGAUGUCCACGAAAAAUACACGUCAAUAUAACCAUGCAAACGGGUGAAAUAUUCACAUACAUGCUGGGUAUAUUCGCCAUUAUUCUAAUCAUUUCGACGAUGCUUUACUAUCGAUACUGCAAAAAAAGUAAGUCAAUUAAGCUUACACCUCAGUGUGAAAAAUAA